AUAUUUUCGCUGGAUCUUCAUGAAGUUAGCCUGCAUAAAAUAAUUCAAAGUAUUCCAGAAGCCACUGAUUUUUUUGAUUGGUCUCAAGACACACUAGCACCUGAAAAAAGAAAGGAAGUCUUGAUCAGGCGAGCAAGAAUAAUUUCCUGUCUAAAGAUUACUAUUAUCGUGCUGCUGGUUUAUUUAUUGCACCGUAUAAUUUCGCUGAUUCUUUGAAAACACAUUUUACAAUGACUGUUUUGCGCAUUAAGAAAAUAAAACUUUUACUUAGAAAAUUUUA